AUGCACAUGAACAAUCCUCCAAAAGUAGCGGUGCACGCGUGGCAACCGGCUACCUAUGCACCUAUGCAACGCGUGCACCUCGAUUUUGCAGGUCCCUUCUUGGAUAAAAUGUUCUUGGUUAUGGUCGACUCAUUUUCAAAAUGGCCCGAAGUACAUGUAAUGAAGGACAUUACCGCUAGAAGUACAAUUUCAAAGUGUCAGCAGAUAUUUGCAGCGUAUGGCAUACCUUCGAUUAUUGUUACUGACAAUGGCAGAACCUUCACUUCUGUCGAAUUCAAAGAAUUCCUCGAAUCACAGAGCAUAAUAUAUAAACUCACGUCACCAUAUAAUCCUGCCACGAACGGCCAAGUAGAACGAUUUGUACAGACAUUCAAGCAAGCAUUAAAACGCACAAAUUGCAACUCAUUAAAUUUAAAUGUAGUUUUAAGUAAAACCUUAUUACAAUAUAGAAUUACUCCACAUGCGACCACAAACAAGUCUCCAGCAGAAAUGUUCUUAAAUAGGAAAUUACGCACUCGCUUAGAUUUAAUAAGGCUAGAUAAACAAAUAGAGAAUGCAGCAAGCGACUUACAAGCAUGUAACAAAGAAUUUAUAUGCGGAGAGAGGGUAGCGUGUAGAAAUUAUACCAAAGACUCCAAAUGGAAAUUCGGUACAAUUGCAAAAAGAAUAGUGAAGUUGCAUUACAAUAUAGCAUUGGAUGACGGUCGUUCCUGGAAAAGACAUGUAAAUCAAAUGCGUUCCAUUGGUAAAGAUACUCCGAUUGUAAACGACGAUAACACUUAUUAUUGGUGUUCUGUGGUCAGCGCCAACACCUUUGACGCUGUGGUUUCGUAUCAAAGUUUAUUCAACAUUGGUCAGUACAUUUGA